AUGUCGGAGAAUGAUGCCCGCUUCAGCUCCAUCACGAGCGCCAGCAACAGCACCGACGACAGCACUCGCUCGUCCGCCACCGUGAAGCCCUUGACGCUCGCCUCCUCGGCAAACCGCCGCCACCGCGGCUCUCACAUGCGCAUCGACCUCGACGCCAGCCACAGCCAGCGCCCGAGAGUCGUCCACGACGACGGCCAAGUCUCUCCCACGUCCGCCACCGCUACCCGAGGCCCCCUCUCGCCCUCGUCGCCCUCUUUCCACAUGUCCGGCCCCCCCGACCGCCGCGCGAGCGACCUCGCAAACUACCGACGUGACCUUGCCGUCCUCGAACACUCCCGCAGCUCCGCCGGCGCCGGCGCCGCCCAAAACUCAAACGCCAACGUAGCCCCGUGGGCCUCCAACGGUCCUCCGCCGCCGCCGCCGCCCAAGGGCCCUGCCACGAGCUUCUACGAUGACUCGAGCGAUAGCCUGUCCCUCGCCUCGCAGUUCUCCCCGGGCCUGCCCUCGGCCAGCCACCGACAUGGCCCCGUCCCGUCGGGCAACCCCGAGUCUCCCGACAUGCCCUACUUCAACUCCGACGGCCGCCGCCCUUCGAUUGCGAGCAUAACCACCACUGCCAGCAGCCAGGGUUCCAGGACCAGCGGCACCCGCGGCGGCUUCCGCAAGCUCCAGGGCUUCUUUGGCGAGGAGUUUCCCGGCCGCGACAGCUCCGAGAGCAGUCUUCCCAUGUCCGUCGCCGGCAAGGACCAGCGUACUCGCUCCUACAGCCACACCCGCCCCAACCCGCGUGAUCGCAACUACUCCAACGCGACGGACCCGAGGGAUGCCUCGCCUGCCUCAUCUAGGCCAAGGACCCCCAAGCCCGAGGUCGUGCCUUUCCUCUAUCAGGACAAUUCUGACAUUGCACGAUACGGAGAGGCGCCUGUCCGGGAAAUGAUGACUGGGCUCGACCGAGAGCGCUACGAAGCCUCGGCUAACGGGCCUCCCAAAUCCUCCGCAUCCUCGCGACCCGGACACAACAUGCAGCUAUCGGGCCAGCACCGCCACAAUAGGAGCAAUGAGGACCAGAGGAGCCUGAGACCGACGGCUAGCAGGGAAGACUCGCUCGCCGGGACCCCGAGCCACCGCGAACGUGGGGCAUCGGUCGCGAUGCAAAAACAGAAGACAAGAGGCCAGAGCCCUGCGCCCAGCGCCCAAUCUGGCUCCAAGUCUGGUCAUGGAGACGGGCCGACGUCGCCUGCUCCUCACGGGAAGCGAGGACUCCUUGGGCGCCUUCGCCGGCACAAGGACAAGGACAAGGACAAGGAUAAGGAAGAUGCCAACCCGGCAAGACUGCGCGAUAUGCCGUCCACCCGGUCUCUGCAAUCCAAGUCGUCAAAGGCAGACUUUUCGCGAUCAGCCAUGUCCCCGUCGCACCCCCCAGGCCACCGGCCCAGCAAUGCCGAGUCCAACGAUUCGCAAGACGCUCGCGCCGCGGCGAGUCGCGGGGCUCCCUUCAACAACAAAUUCCCCUUUGCCAAGAAGAAUCGGAUGAACCGGAACUUCGAGCACACCGAAGAGUCGGUUGGCCCCACGGAAGGGAAGAAAAAUCCUGGUCACGUCUACCACCUCGAUACCGACUUGAACGACAUGGAAGGCAUCUUGUCCGGUGGCCCCACCCAGCCCGGCCCUCCCGAUGCCACAUCUACCAACAAUAUCGAAGGUGAAGGCAAGGACCCGUCGGCGGACCCCAAGGGAGGCUGGGAUGCUCCCGACAGCUGGGCCGUGCGUCGCGGCACCGAGGACAGCACCAACGUUGUGUCGGAGCCGGAGGAGGUCGAGGGCCCGCCGCGACCCGAGGAGAAGUUGGCGCCCUACUUCAUUCGCAUCUUCCGCUCCGACGGGACCUUCUCCACCCAUUCCAUGGCUCUUGACGCCACCGUCUCCGAAGUCAUCUCGCAGGUGGUCAAGAAGACGUACGUCGUCGACGGACUCGAGGACUACCAAAUCAUCCUGAAAAAGCACGACCUCAUUCGGGUCUUGUCGGCGCCCGAGAGGCCGCUGCUCCUGCAGAAGCGGCUAUUGCAGCAGGUUGGGUAUGAAGAAAAGGACAGGAUCGAGGAGCUGGGGCGGGAAGACAACGGCUAUCUCUGUCGCUUCAUGUUCCUGUCCGCCAGGGAAAGCGACUUUCACGCAAAGACGUCCGACUUGGGCGUCUCCCGCACCCAAAAGCUCAGCUACGUCGAUCUCUCGGGACGCAACCUUGUCACCAUUCCCAUUUCGCUCUACUCCAAGGCCUCCGACAUCAUCUCGCUCAACCUCUCGAGGAAUCUGUCCCUGGACGUACCCCGGGACUUCAUUCAGUCCUGCAAGCAUCUCCGGGACAUCAAGUUCAACAACAACGACGCGAGGAAGCUGCCGGUCAGCUUAUCACGGGCGGCGAAGUUGACAUACCUGGAUGUCUCCAACAACAGAGUCGAGCAGCUGGAACACGCCGAGCUCAACAACCUGACGGGAUUGCUGAAGAUGAACCUGGCCAACAAUCGACUGACUCACAUCCCACCCUACUUUGAUGUGUACCAGUCCCUGCGAAGCCUCAACAUUUCAUCCAACUUUUUGGAUAAGUUCCCUCCCUUUUUGUGCCAGCUGCAAAGCCUCGUCGAUUUGGAUCUCAGCUUCAAUGCCAUCUCUCACCUUCCGGACGAGAUCGGCAACUUGAAGAACCUGGAGAAGCUGCUCAUCACAAACAACAAGCUCGCAGACGAAGUACCGCAAAGCUUCCGCGAACUGACUAGCCUGCGAGAGCUCGACAUGAAGUUUAACGCCAUUACGACCAUAGACAUUCUCUCGGAGCUUCCUAAGCUGGAGCUCCUGUAUGCCGCUCACAACAACGUGUCUUCGUUUGAGGGCAAAUUCGAGCGGAUUCGCCAGAUUAAGCUCAACUCGAACCCCUUGAACAAGUUUGAGAUCAUUGAGCCGGCCCCGACGCUGAAGACGCUGAACCUCUCCCACGCCCAGCUGGUGAGCAUCGACUCGUGCUUUGCCAACAUGAUGAACCUGGAGCGCCUCGUCUUGGACAAGAACCACUUUGUCUCCAUUCCCCCGCAAAUCGGGGUCUUGAGCAAGCUCGAACACUUUAGCCUCGCGAAUAACUCGGUUGCCGAGUUACCGCCCCAGAUAGGGUGCCUCGGCGAGCUGCGAGUGCUCAACGUGCGCGGGAAUAACAUUUCGAAGCUGCCCACGGAAAUCUGGUUCGCGAACAAGCUCGAGACCUUCAACGCCUCUUCCAACGUCCUCGACGUGUUCCCCAAGCCGGCUUCCAAACCUCCCCGUGCGCCCGGCGGAGAAGAGCCGUCGUCGGGACCGCCUCCGGCGCAGAAUGGCAAGCCUCUACCACUGAACUCCUCGGCCACUCCGAGCACCGAGGAGCUGGCGGAUGACCGGAGGCCGAGCCAAGGCUCGAGCACUCUGCUCAGCGUCGGCCCGUCGCCUAUCCCGGCGGAUCGUAAGGGCUCCGUGGUGUCCGUUUUCGGCAAGGGCGGGCGCAAGACCUCCGUCGUUUCAAGGGCAGCGUCGUCCCAGGGGACGAUCUCCAGCGCGCCGCCGCCGCCGCCGCCGCCGCCGGGCAACCCUAGGAAGGACUCGGGCAUGUCGUCGAGGAUGACGACCACGUUCGCCGGGUCGCUGCGCAAUCUUUAUCUGGCCGACAAUCGUCUGGAAGACGACGUCUUCGAGCAGAUCACUCUAUGUUCCGAGCUCCGAGUCUUGAACCUGUCGUACAAUGACGAGAUCAGCGACAUGCCCCAGAGAUCAAUCAAGAGCUGGCCGCAACUGGUCGAGCUCUACCUCUCAGGAAAUGGCCUGACAACUGUCCCUGCCGACGACCUGGAGGAGUCCAGUCUGCUGCAAGCCCUCUACAUCAACGGCAACAGGUUCACCAACCUGCCGGCGGACAUUUCCAGAGCAAAGAAGCUUGCGGUUCUUGAUUGCGGAAACAACUACCUCAAGUACAACAUCUGCAAUGUCCCGUAUGAUUGGAACUGGAAUCUCAAUCCCAACCUUAGAUAUCUCAACUUGUCCGGCAACAAGCGGCUGGAAAUCAAGCAGACCGGUCCGACCAACGAUGGCCCGGGUUCCGCGAAUCAAGAGCAGUACACCGACUUCAACCGCCUGAUUAACUUGAGAGUCCUUGGGUUAAUGGAUGUCACCCUGACCCAGCCCAGCAUACCUGACCAGAGCGAGGACAGACGCGUGCGAACAUCUGGCUCGCUGGCGGGACACUUGCCCUACGGCAUGGCGGACACGCUCGGUAAGAACGAGCAUCUGUCGACUGUCGAUCUGGUGGUGCCUCGAUUCAACUCGUCCGAGACGGAGAUGCUCCUGGGCCUCUUUGAUGGCCAGGCGCUUUCGAGUGGCGGGUCCAAGGUGGCCAAGUACCUGCAUGAAAACUUUGGGCACAUUUUUGCCAUGGAGUUGAAGGGCCUCAAGACUCGCCAGAACGAGACUCCCGCCGACGCCCUCCGGAGAGCGUUCCUGGCGCUGAACAAGGACCUGGUGACCAUCGCCGUCCAGCACACCGAGGAGCGGCCGAAGACGUCCCAUAGGGGGUCGGCGCAGCCCGUCGUUCUCAGCAGGGAAGACCUGAAUUCCGGCGGCGUGGCAACCGUCGUCUACCUUCAAGGCACCGAUCUCUACGUGGCCAACGUCGGCGACGCGCAGGCCAUGGUGAUUCAGACGGACGGCAAUUACCAAAUGCUGACGCAAAAGCACGAUCCCGCAGAGGCCACGGAGCGAUCCCGGAUCCGCGAGGCGGGCGGCUGGGUAUCCCGGAACGGCCGGCUCAACGACCUGCUCCAGGUGUCGCGAGCCUUCGGCUACGUCGACCUGAUGCCGGCCGUCCAGGCAGCGCCUCACGUCAGCAACAUGACCAUUGGAGAACACGAGGACAUUAUCCUCAUUGCCACCAGCGAGCUCUGGGACUACCUUACGCCUGGCCUCAUCACCGACAUCGCCAGGGCGGAGCGGCAGGACCUCAUGCGCGCGGCGCAGAAGCUAAGGGACCUGGCGAUGGCCUACGGCGCGUCUGGUAAAAUCAUGGUCAUGAUGAUCAGCGUGGCCGACUUGAAGAGGCGGGUGGAGAGGUCGCGGAAUCACCGCGGCACGAGCAUGUCUCUGUAUCCGUCUGGAGUUCCCGACGAGGCCCAGAUUCUGUCUACGAGAAGGGGCCGCAAGGGCAAGGGAGAUGUGCUGGACUCGGCCCUCAACCGGCUCGAGGCCGAAAUCCCAGCGCCGACGGGAACCGUAUCGAUUGCCUUUACCGACAUCAAGAACUCGACGACGCUGUGGGAGAUGUAUCCCAGUGCCAUGAGGUCGGCGAUCAAGCUGCACAACGAGGUGAUGCGUCGACAGCUCCGACGCAUCGGCGGGUACGAGGUCAAGACCGAGGGCGACGCUUUUAUAGUCUCUUUCCCCACGGCCACUUCCGCGCUGCUGUGGUGCUUUGCCGUCCAGCUGCAGCUUCUGGACGUGAACUGGCCGUCGGAGAUUCUCAACUCCCUGUCUGGCCAGCCAGUCUACGACAAGGACAACAACGUCAUCUUCAAGGGCAUAUCCGUGCGCAUGGGCAUCCACUUUGGCGACUGCGUGAGCGAGACGGAUCCCGUCACGCGCCGCAUGGAUUACUUUGGGCCCAUGGUCAACAAGGCGGCGCGAGUUUCGGCUGUCGCCGACGGCGGCCAGAUCACGGUGUCAUCGGAUUUCAUCUCGGAGAUUCAACGCUGCCUGGAAACCUUCCAUGACACUGAACGCAGCGGCUCGGCCGCGACCGAGGAAGGGUUCGAGGACGAAACGUUUGCGGCGACCAUGAGAAAAGAUCUCACGUCGCUCACCUCCCAGGGCUUCGAGGUCAAGGAGAUGGGUGAGAAGAAACUCAAGGGCCUGGAAAAUCCGGAAAUGAUUUACUCGCUCUAUCCGCACGCCCUGGUGGGCCGUAUCGAUCACCAUCUGCAGCACGAGCGACGCGACGAGGGCCCGGAGAAGCCAAAGACCAACGCCUCCGGCGGCCAGCUGUUGUUUGACCCCGAGACGCUCUGGGCGCUCUGGAAGGUCAGCCUGCGGCUCGAGAUGCUCUGCAGUACGCUGGAGCAAGAGUCGGGCGCCGCGUUACAGCAGCCAGAGAUGGAGCUUCUCGAGCGCAUAAGAUCGCAGGCCGGCGACGUGACGGAUCGGUUCCUGAUCACCUUUGCGGAGCACCAGGUGAGCAGGAUAGAGAUGUGUGCCUCUACCCUCGCCAUGCGCCACCUCGCCGUGGGCAGCGGUGCCUUGCGCGAGCUCGAUGAGCUGCGCGCGCCCAUGGAUGCGGUGAUUGACUUUUUCGUCCAGCAGAAGAGAGAGCUGGAUCUCUACAGGAAGAGAUAUGGGGCGCUUCCACGCUCGGAUGGUUGUGUAAAGGAAGAAGAAGAGGAGGAAGACGAAGACGAAGAAGAAGACAGCCAAGAGAGGCAAGCAAGGCAAAGGGACGAGGAAGAAGAUGACGACGAGGAUUCGGACGCGACCGAGUAA